GAGAAGAGCAAUUUGCAAAGCCACAGCACCGAGGCAAUAAAGAUCUCUUGGUUUUCUAGACUGUUCAGGUGACUUCUACCUGCAGGAGGAAAGAUGAAGAAAAGUUUGCUCUUCGUCACCUUGUGUUUCUCGACGUGUCCGCUCAUGGUCGACAGCCGACAUCCGAAUUGUAACCUCCUGUUGGAGGUGGAGAGAGACCACGUCGAGUGUGAGAAGAUGCUGAGGCAGGACCAGGCAUCCGGCAGCCAUAAAGAGCCGGGAUGCAAAGGAAUAUGGGACAACAUAACUUGCUGGGAGUGGACUAAGAUCGGAGAGACCAUCACCAUCCCCUGUCCUCGAUUCCUUAGGACUGUGUUCGGCAGAAACGGAAACAUUAGCAGGAACUGCACGUCAGCUGGGUGGUCGGACGUUUUCCCAAACAUAACCAGCGUGUGUGGGUCGGACACCAGCCAGGAUAAGCUGGUCUUCUAUAUGGUCGUGCAGACGUUGUACACUCUGGGUCACAGUCUGUCUUUGAUCGCGCUCACCACAGGAAGCGCCAUCCUCUGUCUGUUCCGGAAGCUCCACUGCACCAGGAACUACAUUCACCUCAACCUCUUCUUCUCCUUCAUCCUGAGAGCCGUGGCCGUGUUGGUGAAAGAUGACAUCCUCUUCAGCCGCAGCACACAGUGCUCCCAUCAGCCAUCGCUGGUGGGUUGUAAAGCCAGCCUGGUGUUUUUCCAGUACUUCAUCAUGGCCAACUUCUUCUGGCUGCUGGUGGAGGGUCUGUACCUCCACACGCUGCUUGUUGUCAUCUUCUCCGAGAACAGACACUUCAUCGUUUACAUGUUCAUCGGCUGGGGAAUCCCCACAGUGUUCGUCUUUGCGUGGGUGAUGACGAGGAUCUAUCUGGAGGACACGGGAUGCUGGGAGAGAAAUGACAACCCCAUACCCAACUGGGUGAUCAAUGGACCAAUCGGAUUCUCCAUCAUGGUGAACUUUAUGCUGUUCAUCAGCAUCAUUCGGAUCUUGGUUCAGAAGCUGAGGUGUCCUGACGUGGGUGGCAAUGACCAAUCACAAUACAGGAGGUUGGCCAAAUCCACUCUCCUGCUGAUCCCUCUGUUUGGGAUUCAUUACGUGGUCUUUGUCUCUCUCAGUGAAUCCAUCGCAGAAGAUUCUAAAAUAUUUUUUGACUUGGCCCUUGGAUCGUUUCAGGGUUUGGUGGUUGCCAUUCUGUACUGUUUCCUAAACAGUGAGGUUCAAGGUGAGCUAAAGAGAAAGUGGCGGAGCAUGUGUCUUAACUGCCGCCUGAGCAGAGAUCACCACUUUAACAACACCUUCGCCUCCAGGAACGGCUCUGACCACAUGGUGCAGUUUCACCGCAACUCCCGAACCCAGUCCAUCCUGCAGUCAGAGACCACCGUGCUGUGAGGCCCCGAGGCAUCCUUGAAGUUAAAAACAAAAACAAAUACAGUCUCCAGGUUGACCUGGGUCGAAUAGUUUUACUUAAUGAAUGAAGUACCACAUGGGUGGGACCUGCACAUUGUUUCAGAGCAGAUUUUGGUUUCAGCUUUACAAAUUUCUGUGAGCCCUCAUAAUGUCCCUUAAGUGAACCUAAAGCAGGUCUGGUCUGUAUCUAUGAAGGGUGCUUGUGUUUGCUGCCAACAAAGAGCUGUUUUUAUGUUCACUGGCUGUGUGAACAGAGAAAGUACAGGUCUUGUCGGCUAACUUUGCAACAUCUGCAGCUCGACAUGUUUAGGUCAGUUUUACCUGAUGUAUGACAUGUAGGUAUUUGACUUAUGUAUGUUAUAUACAUUACAUUCAAUAUUUAUAAAAAAAAUAUAUGUAUGAUAAACAGUGCCAUUCUUCUCUCCAUGGUUUGCUGUAGACUUUAGACUGGACCAGAGUUGCACUCCUUGUUAUCUCCACAACAAAAAAGGUACAAGAUUACUGUAUUUGGUAUACAGAAAUAUUUAAAAAGAAAUAUACAGCAUACUUAAGUUAGUAAAUGGCUCACAGACUCGAAAGUGAAACAUAAGACUGCAAUCAAAAAGCUGUCUGUUACAAGACUUAAUGCUUAUAAACGGCAGCUAUAUCACAUGGGUGACAUUCAAAAGUUAAGAUAGAAAAUAACUAAUAUUAUAAAGUCUAGUACAUUAGCUACCAAGGGAAACCUAGCAGAACUAUUAUAUGUAAGUACACUAGUAUUCACACCUUGUGCAUGCUGCAGUCAUUAAUGAAGACAAAGGUCAGGUUGAUACAACUUGAAAGACUUUUUGGCUGCAACCACCAACAUUCAACUCUAACAAGCAGCAGAACUUUGGCUUUGCUUCUCAAAGUAUGGUUACUUCUCCAAUCUGUCACAGGGCUGCCAAGUUUUGAGUUCAGCUUGGAGUGAGAUUUGCUCCUGGGGGGAUUGGGGGAGGGGUGGGGGGUGGUCAACUGACCCACUCGACCUCUCUCUGGCCUCAUGGACCACCAUUUUCAUAAGACUUUUUGGUUUGCUAAUUUGUGUUAAGAUCUAUGCUCUAAUAAUAUCUGAAUAAAUUAUCAUCUUAAUACAGACCCAGAAACAGAAAAUAAUGGUAGAAAAAUGAAUACAAUACACAGUAUGAACAAGAACAAACAGUAGGGAUAAAUCUGGAACAGUCAAAUUGUAUAAUGACUUUGAUACCUGCGACCUCAGCACUAUCAUUUCAUGGUUUAUGUUCGCCCCAUAGAGAUAAGAAGUUCUUGAAUGAUGAAGGUGCUUACCAGCUGAAUAUUGAACCAUCCAUGGCUCAACAGUAUAUCGCAAGAAAGUUUCAGAGCGACAGAGACACAGACACAUUACAGGAUAAUAAAUUUGUGUAUAUUUCUCACUUUCCCCCUGAUGGUCUGAAUAACCCGCUGCUGCACUUUGCUGCUCUGUCUUCUCUGUCUGUGCGCUAUCAGUGUCCUCUUUUUGCACCGCAACGUUAUCUGUUAUGAAUAUGUUUUUCACUGCGUGAGAAAAUGGACGUGUGGCGUGAGAGCGUGUGAAAAGUGUCAGUUGCGUGAGUCUCAUGGUCAAUGUAUCAGACUUGGCAGCCCUGCUGUCAACACCAGUUGUGUGUGGUAAGUUGCCUAAAAGUUAAUGGUUCUCAAACCAUGUUUUUCCAGCCUAAUAGCAGCAGCAGCCUUUUUGUUACAGACAUGUAGUAAAAAGUGAAACUUAAUCAGUUGUAUCAUGUAUUUUGUGGUGCCGUGUCCACACCUCUGAUACUUGAAGCUGGUAGAAUGAUUCACAAAUGCAUUUUGACCCAGGUCAGCACAGAAGUUGUCUGGAUUUAUGGUAAGAAAAAGAAAAACACUGGUAAAAGCAGGGUUGUUUUGUAUCGAUUCAGAACCUAAACUGUUCUGACAAACUGCAUCAUUUUUAAUGUAUUGCAAUGUAUAAUAAUUAAUGUAUGCAUUUUAUGAACUACUGUCAUUGAGAAGUGUUGUGCAUGCUCCAAACCCUUUAUCUGUGCUAUGAUAGAUUUGAGAUGUGCUCAGUGAUCUGUUGAUGAAACAACGCAGGUGCUCAGAUGGCAGAUUUCAUUUAAUGAAAAGGGACGAUGAAGCCCACCAAGAACUUCUGUUGAAAUUGGUUGCUUGAUUUGUUGACAAGUUCGAUACGACCGCAGCAGUUUCCAUAUCCAAACUAUACAGCUCCAGCUUUGCUGAGCUUGAGAGAGUCUGGCUAGGACAGAAAAGUAUUUAUUAAACACACUUGUAAUGUACAAUUUGAGUAGAACGGAGGUUUCUCAGUGGGAAGCCAGUGAGGGAUUACGUCACUAAAUGUAAAUAUAUACACUUUUCAUGUUUUUUGAGACACUACACACAUAAUGAUUAAACAAACUCAUAAAUUAAAGUCUUGACAUGGAGGUUUGCAUAGAGCUCAUGUAGAGAUUAUGAACACUCCCACCUACUACACUGUUUUCUGUUGAAAAUCCUCUUUUCCUCAUCCUACAGGGAGAACAAUACACAUGUAGCCAUUGAGGAAUUUUUUUAAUCUGAAGAAACACAAAUACUCUUGAGGACUAAAACUGAAAACAGAUAUUGCUGAAAAACGUUCAAACAGUUUCAGCUUAUAUCUGCUCAUAACUUCAUUAUAGUGUGUUAAAAGCAAUUGAUUAAAUGUUAGUAUACAGCUUAUAAAUGUUAAAAAGAAGGACUAAAGUGUUGCCGUUAUGCUUUUUUUUUUUACAGUCAAAGUGGCAAUGAGAGGAUUUUUUAAAUACAGUUUUUCUGUGUUUUGCCUAUUAGACAGCUAAACAUCUCAAACUGUUCAACACAGAGUGAAAGGUUAAGUCCCAAGCAGUGCAAGAACUUUUCCUUUUUUUUGGUGAAAAUAGUGCCUUCAUGUGGCUAACUUAAUUUUCCAAUCACAACCAGAAAGUCAGGUAAUAUUCUUCUAAUAGUACUUAAGUGCAACACAAUUCUACUACAAAAUCACUGAUAUUUAAAUUGGUUUAUUGUGAACAGUCUACUUCAAACAUGACAGUCACCAGUUAAAACAGAAGUGGCUGGUGGUCACAGGUUCUUAACAGUAAAUAAUAAUCCUUUUGCUAAUGAAUGGCAAUAGUGUUGAUUUUACUCAUGCAGCAAGUGUUACGCAGAAGUUGCAUGAUAUUCUCAGUGUUUGCCUUUUUCAUUGCUGUUGGUCAAUGGCUGUCAAUGUGUCAUUUUCUUGUAGAAUCUAAUGUAAAUUUUGUCAAGAGAAGACAAAAAAGGAAACACUUGCUUUUUGUGGCGUGCUAUAUUUUUCUUAUACAUGUUGUAUUUAAUUGUCGCCACAAGACAAAAUAUUCUGGUGACACUUUGCUUAAGGCAUACAGAACCACUAUGUCAAUUUGUGUAAUCACAUUUCGAAAAACAUACUACUGAUUGUUGAUCUUUCAUUACCUAUAAAACAAUACUCUGCCCUGUUACGGUUUUUGCUGAACAAGGACUAAAGCCACUUCCUGCCCUGUAAAAGUGCCAUAAUUUGUUUAAUUCUGAGCUGUCAUCAAUUUCGUAAGAGUAGGUUAACCUUAAACGUGACAAUGACAAACAAUCUUUUUUUAAUAUGGCACUCUAAACCAAACCAGCUUUCUAAUAUAUAACAGUAAAGCCAGACCCAACUGUGCCUUAAAAUAUAUUAUUAAACACAAGUCUGGACCAAACAUCAAGAAAAAAUUGUUUUCUGGUUGUUGUCUAGGAAGUGGUCAAUAAAAUUUUGCUUUUGUUUUUGCUAAAUCUGAGCAAUGUUAAUGUUAUUGAGGGUCUUGGAAUCUCCUGGUUUGAUAGAUACAGCUGAGUAUCAUCUGCAUAACGACGAAUAUUAUUAUGCCCGUAGAUGAUGUCCCCACUCCUGUUUAAGAAACAAGUAAUGUAAACAAGUAAUGCGGGAACACAAGACUGAAUGUACAGUAAUUGUAAAAAGCCAUUUGACAGGUAUGCUAUGACCACACAUCACCAGUAGAGUGCGCUGAAGUGCCACUGCUGCUUAGCUCAGCAAAAAUGGACAAUUCAAUACUGGUAAAGCAAGCAAUAAGGUACUGUCAAUCAGUGAAUUUGAUUGUGAUUGUGAAUUUUUAAUAAAUGCUGGCAUGACUAUGCGACAAAGAGUAGAAUAAAUCUUUUGUUAUUUAAUAGUUAUUCCUAAUACAUAUAAGUAAUUUAUGUUUUAAUGGCCUUUCUUCUCUGGUUAAUUGGCAGGGCCCAAGCGCCCCACAUUCACCAGCCACCACCAGUUUUUGUACUCUAUUUUCAGAUUUGUUUACCUUCACAGUUUUGGUUGCAGUUAUAGCAGGUGAUACAUCUGUAUUAUUGACAUGUCAGGUAGAGCUGCUACAACGAUUAUUUUCAUUCUCAAUUAAUCAGCUGUUUUCUCCAUCAAUCAUUGGGCCUAUAAAAUCUCAGAAAAUUGUGAAAAAUGUUGGAUUUUCCCUGAAAUGAAGCUAAUGGCUUCAAAUUGCCAAGGAUUUUCAAUUUACUAUUAUAGAAGACAAAAGAAAACCAGCAAAUGGCCUGCUUUUUAAAGACCCUGUCAAACCAGUCAACAUAAAAAACAAAUGCAUUCAUUUACAAAGCUUAACACUAGAACCACCAGGGGUCACUACAUACCUAAAACCACCAACGGGUACAAUUCACCCAUGCACCUGGCUACCACAUUUCUAGUACUAAAAAUGUACGCAUUGUAUUAAGGCAUCGUCUUCACAAAGGAAUGUCUUAAGUCACAAAAUGAGUUUGUUUAGUCAUCACCUGUGUUUUGGUCCUGUUGUCUUAUAAUCUAUCUUUAAGAACACUAAUCGCUUUGCAUGGCCGUCAGUAUUUCAGUCUAAAAUGACAUUGUGACACUGUAACUGUGAAAAAAUAUUAGAAGAAAAUAUUUGCAUAUUUGGGUGGUGUGAUAUUAUUAUAAAACUGAAUGUAUUUCAUAUAGGGGUAAAUUUUACCCGGUGGCAGUUAUAGGUAUAAAUGCCCGUGUUUUAAAUCUGGAUUUAUCUUCACAAUAGGGGGACGCUACACAACAUUAUUUUAGAAAAAGUCAAAGACUUGAAUAUUUUAUUAAAACAUGGUAACAUACAAUUGAAAAAAUGACAUCCGUGGCGGUUCUAGUGUUAAAAAGAAGUUACCAGUUAAAAGACAAAAAUCAUGCAAAUAUUAAAUAUUUUAACCCAAUUCAGCUAUAUGUAUGCCUUAAGAAAAGUGUUACCACAUAUGCUUCAAACAGGAUGUCACCAUGUUAUUCAGUGUAUCAUAAGACGUUUACAUGACUAUAUGUGUUUCAGAGUAUACAAACACUGAAGACCAUAUAUGAUGUACAUAGUGUUGGUUUGUCGAGUGAUUUCAUAUUUAAUGUUGGCUGACAUGAUGUUGAGUAUCAUGUCUUUAUUGAACACAUGUAUUUGUAAAGAGACACCAUGAAUGUCAUGCAAAAGAUGAUUGAU